AAAACGCGUGACUUUAGAAAACGAAAGCUUAAUAAUAAGUGAGUGGAAAAUCCAAAGAUAUUUCUUUGUUUCCUUUCGAUUCACAGAAAUUUCAUCUUUAUUCUCCAGCUACAGGUCAGUACUCAAUUAAAUUAUUGAAAUGGAUCGUGUAGAAUUUGAAUUAUAGGUAAACCCAGAUAAGAAAAAAAAACGGCUUAGAUUAAUCAUAUGAAGCUGCUGCAGUCCCUGAAUUAACUGGGUGAUUGUGAAGAAGAGUCUCUUUCAUUCUGGCGAACUCAUACUUGCACUGCUUAAGACUUUUGCAUCCCAUGUUUUCUAUACUUAUCUCUCAGUCAGUGGACUUAGAUGGCCAUUUCCUCAAUAGGGCUACACAGGAAAAGCCAAACUAGCCAGUUUCAAUUAUUAAUGGAGCAAGCAGAUAGCCGUAGCAACAAUGAGCAUGUUAUUGACAUAACGAGUAGCAGUGAUCCAUCCUCAUCAAGCAACCCCCAUGAUAGACCAGUCAAUAAUGUGCUGCAUGAACAAGCUGAACAUCCGCCAUCAACAAGCACAGCAGUUCCCGUCUCCCAACAUGCAUUUUCUUCUGCUAAUAGAUCAAACUUGAGGAACUCAUCAUUUGUUCGAAGAGGAAAUGGGCGCCGCCAUCGGAGUCCUCUUAAUUCCAUGCUAUGGAUAUCCAUCGAACUAGUCUUGACAUUAAGCCAAAUAAUUGCAGCAAUUGCAGUGUUGGCCAUAUCGAGGGAUGAGCACCCACGUGCUCCUCUAUCCCAAUGGAUCAUUGGUUAUGCAUCUGGUUGUGUAGCAAUCCUCCCUCUUCUCUAUUGGCGUUUUCGUCACAGAAAUCAGAAUUCAGAUCAGGAUUCAUCUCAGCAGCAACAGAUUUCUUCUCAGACUGAAGUCUCGGUCAGACCUUCCUCAAGUACAAGGAGUUCAGAAGGCGAAGGUCGACAGACAACUGGUACAGCUUCUACAGGUGGUCAAAGUAGUGGACUACGGAGCAGAAGGCUAAAGGCACUUGUUGAGUACUUCAAAAUGGCACUAGAUUGUUUUUUUGCAGUGUGGUUUGUGGUUGGCAAUGUCUGGAUAUUUGGCGGACACUCUUCUUCCUCUGAGGCUCCUAACUUGUACAGGUUGUGUAUAGUAUUUCUAACCUUUAGCUGUAUCGGGUAUGCCAUGCCAUUUAUCCUAUGUGCAACAAUCUGUUGCUGCCUCCCCUGCAUUAUUUCAGUCAUGGGCUUCAGAGAAGAUCUGACUCAAAACAAAGGCGCCACACCAGAAUCAAUUAAUGCUCUUCCGAUCUAUAAAUUUAAGAUAAAGAAAAACAAAAGUGGCAACAAAGAGGCUGCUGAAGGUGGGGUUGUGGCUGCAGGAACAGAAAAGGAGCGUGUGAUUUCAGGAGAAGAUGCGGCAUGUUGCAUUUGCUUGGCAAAGUAUGUGAACAAUGAUGAGCUGAGGGAGUUACCAUGUUCUCAUUUCUUACACAAGGACUGUGUGGAUAAGUGGCUGAAAAUCAACAACACAUGUCCCCUUUGCAAAGCUGAGGUCGGUGAGACCCUUUUGAGCUCUCUUACUGAAGCAACUGCAAAUUUGCGUCAGAGUUCUGCGUUUUAAGUUGCCACCCUGUCCACAUGCUAGUAUAGAGAGAGAUGUUUUUUAAGGAAUAGUAGUUGCCUUCAUAUAUAUUUCAUUUUCUUCCAUCACUUUUCUUUUGGGCUAAAAGCUGUUAGCUUGCUAGAUAUAUACAACUUCUGUUGCAAAACAUGUGAGGUGAUAAGAAUGCUCAGUUAGUAGAAAACGAGCUAUCUGUGGCUUUUUACAACUUCUGUUGCAAAACAUGUGAGGUGAUAAGAAUGCUCAGUUAGUAGAAAACGAGCUAUCUGUGGCUUUUUAUCCACGGUGGCAUUGAUGUGAAAAUUUGAUGUGCAAUUCCAAUAAUUAAACACAUCAUGUUAUUAGCAUUUAAACCUGUAGUCGAUGUCAAAUGAUUUGCCGGUUGCCAACAGCCGUGUAGGCUUCUACUUUUCCUGUAAUUAAGGGAUGAAGUGAAAAUGCAAUUGCAACAGAGGGCAUCGCCCUUCAUCGAUCA